AUGGUCAACCUUCAUCAAUCGAUAGUCGUCUUCGAACAACCAAUCAUGAUCACCAACUUGGAUCGAAUCCUAGGGCCAUCAGACGCCCGCAUUCUGAGCUCGAUAAUCAUCCAAAUCUUCCUUCUGAUCCAGCUUCGGUUCCUCCUGCUUUCGUUUUCACUGCCAACAUAA